CCCAGGCACAGUGAUGCGAAAGUGGCGGCGUGAGGUGAGCCCGAAGGAAAUGACUGGAGCCAAAACAAAGCACGAGCAGAGGGAUGAAAUAUUAGAAAUAAACACGUGUGAAUGAUGAGGUUUUAACAGAGUGCGCGCGAGAAAACAUGUCCGGUGUGUCCAUUACGCAGUCCAUCAGCUGGCGCGGCUGAGAUCUCUCCUCCUCUCCUCUGGAUUGUGGAUUGUGACAAGUGCCAGGACAGCAGCCAAACAGGAGCAGGACUACAACGCUUCCCGGGGAUUGUCACUCCGCUGAUCGGGGAGCUUCCUCCACUUUUCGCCUGACAGCACACCUCCCCGGAGCCAAGACGUUGUUCCGCGUAGACCCGGGUUGCCCCAGUCCGAGCAGCGCAGUCCGUGUGGGAAGGUCGGCACUCGGCGUCCUGCAGGCCGGAGACAUGAUGGUCCACUGUGCCGGGUGCGAACGGCCCAUCCUGGACCGGUUCCUCCUCAACGUGCUGGACAGAGCCUGGCACGCCAAGUGCGUCCAGUGCUGCGAGUGCAACUGCAACCUCACCGAGAAGUGCUUCUCCAGGGACGGGAAGCUCUAUUGCAAAAUGGACUUUUUCAGGCGCUUUGGCACUAAAUGCGCGGGCUGUCUGCAGGGAAUCUCGCCAAACGACUUGGUCCGCAAAGCCCGCAGCAAGGUGUUCCACCUGAACUGCUUCACCUGCAUGGUGUGUAACAAGCAGCUGUCCACGGGAGAGGAGCUCUACGUGAUAGACGAGAACAAGUUCGUGUGCAAAGAAGAUUACCUGAGCUCCGGGGCCAUUAAGGAAGUCAACUUGAACUCAGUGUCGUCGUGUACAGAUAGGAGUUUAUCGCCGGAUCUGCAGGACCCAAUGCAGGACGACAUAAAGGAGACGGACAAUUCCACGUCCUCAGAUAAGGAAACGAACAAUAUAGAGAACGAGGAGCAGAACUCGGGGACCAAGAGGCGGGGGCCCCGGACCACCAUCAAGGCCAAGCAGCUGGAAACGUUAAAGGCCGCGUUUGUCGCCACGCCGAAGCCGACCCGGCACAUCCGGGAACAGCUGGCCCAGGAGACGGGACUGAACAUGCGGGUGAUCCAGGUUUGGUUCCAGAACAGAAGAUCCAAAGAGCGACGGAUGAAGCAGCUGAGUGCUCUGGGGGCCCGGCGGCACGCCUUCUUUAGGGGCCCCAGGAGGAUGAGGCCCCUGGGAGGCAGGCUGGAGGAUCCAGACAUCUUAGGACCGGGGGCCUACGGUUACUACGGAGAAUACCAAGGUGACUAUUACGGACCAGGAGGUAACUACGACUUCUUCCCCCACGGCCCACCAUCCUCACAGGCUCAGUCUCCAGCCGAGUCCCCCUACAUCCUGGGCUCUGGACCCGGAGCCAUGGAGGGAUCGGGCCACCACCCCUCAGACGACCAAAGGUUCACGGACAUGAUCUCCCAUGCAGAAACCCCCAGUCCGGAGCCGGGCUUACCGAGCUCCCUGCAGCCUGUCCAGGGGGAGGCAUACGGGGGCGGACCCAGUCCUCCUUUCUCCUUGGCUAGUAACUCCAGCUACAGUGCUCCUAUGUCCCACCAAGGCCCGGAGAUGGGAGAAACCACAGCCUGGUAAAGGAUGAAGCGCAGGGACCGUUCCUGGGCUGGAGGUCAGCCUAGUUAAUUCAGGAGAUGAAUGAAAAUUGUGGAGUGGAAAGAACUGGUGAGAUUUUUACGGAGGACUUUUUAAAAUCACGGACUGAUUUUCACAAUUGAAGGAAUCGAGAAUGGGACAGCCUACUGGAAAAAGUAAUAUUUGCUGCCCGGUAGACACUCCAAAGCAUAUCCCUUCCUGGAUUGUGGGACUUGAAAUGCUUCUCGCCUUCCCCUUGAUGUUAACGAAGGUAUCUUCUAAUGCUCUAGGAACACAUUAGAGAGAAAUGCCAAAGGGGACAUCUCUAGUUCUCUUAAUUUCUCACCACAUUUUUGUUUUUAAAACCGUUGCUUAAAAGCAUUAUUAAUUUUUUUCAUUCUGUUCAUCGCAACACGACCCUCAAUAUUAGAGACAAAGGACCAGGUUUUCAUACACGCUUUUACGUUGAUAUACGAACACGUAUGUGCCGAUCAAGGCACAAAAAACGUUGCUUUAAACAUUCUCCUCUGUAAGACAAUAUGUCAGAUCAAAGGCUGCUUCUUGAUAGAAAACACACACACACACUCACACACACACUCUCACACACACACAAACAUGCACACACACCUCUGGCAUUGACUUUCUCUAGCACACAUCUCAGCUUUAAGUCCCUUAAUGCACAAAAAGCGUUCUUGAUCAUAGCUCAAAAGAAGGAUGUCUAUACCAUUAUUCAAAACACGGACACAAUUAUACAGACACUUGUGCUCACUCAAGCACGCACACACACACACACACACACACACACACACACACACAAAUCUUACACCCAUCCAGCCGGCCCUGAUAGUUCUGCUCUGCAGACUGCUUCACCUGACCUUCCUUUUGUUACUGUCCCUUUUAAAAAACAUGUUUUAAUGGAAAUGAUUUUCAAAAGAACAUUGAACCCAUAAUGGAGAAUCUACUUCAACAGCUGAGGUCUCCUUCCUCUAAAGAGAGAAAACAAAAGAGGGGGCAGACAACAUCUGUGACAUUACCACUGUCUGCUCUGAAGCACUCAUUGCCAUCUAGUGGCCUUAAGACACACUGAAUUAAAAAAUCAGCUCAAAGCAGCAGCAGCAGCAGCAGCAGCAGCGUCCGGCUGUGUAUAUGUGAACAUCUCUGCGCUGCAGAGGACAAAUUCUUGUUUUUUUUUCCCUUUAUUUCUAAAUAAUGACAAUAGAUAAUUCUGUAGUUUCAGGGCCAAGUGUCAUCAGGGCUCCAAUUUGAAAAGUCAGCCUUUGUGCAGUCACAUGAAAAGAAACAAUAUUUCCAUACUCUCCUCGUAAUACUGCUUCUGAAAGGAGACACACAAAGCACGUUAGCUGAUAUUUUUCAGUACAAAACCUCACCUAAUUUUUUUUCAUUUUAAUUUCAUCUAGUCUUUCAGCCAUCUCCGCUUCAUCGGCACGUCUUAAACAGAACACAUCCGACACGUGUAACGCUGUGUUUUCGGCCACACUGAUUUAUCUCAACUUGAAAUAUUGUUUUGAGAUCAUUUGCGUUUCCUUUGGACGUUGUGUAAGAUCUAGAGAGAAUGUGUCUUAUUUCUGAUGUAUUGAGAUAUUCUUGGAUACAAACGUGUGUGUGUGUGUGUGUGUGUGUGUGUGUG